AUGUCUCUGCCACAGCCUGGCAAGGACUCACCUCGCCGUGAAGUAAAUGCCUUUCGUAGGCCCUCUCGCCGUCGACGUCACCACGAUAUUGAGUCCGGCGCAUUCAGCGACAGCCCCGUCUCCCAUAGUCAUCGUCGCCGUUCGCAAAGUCGCCGACGAGGUGCUGAAACAGAUGAAGAGCGCGAGCGAGGCGAGCGACGCCGCAGAAGUCAAGCUCAAGUGAGAUCGCCGCGACAGCGCUCAGCUCAUAGUCGCCAGCGAUCCCAAAACGCGAAUAUAUACCCAACCCCAGGAGACGUUCCAUUACUUGACCGAGAUGAGGGAGAGACAAAUAGCGCGCGGAGCAUGGAGUCGAGAUCGAAGGAACAACUAUACGGCGCUCGGGGGAAUGUGAACAAACCAAUGGAUCGCGCCCCUAGUCACCGUCGCUCUAAAAAGAAGAAGAGGAGCAGAUCAUCGCGGAAGAUUUCAAAAAGCGUUUCCGUAGAUGAUCGGGUUCGGAUGAAAGCCUUGGAGCAGGUGCGCCCGCCAGAUCUGUGGACCACUUACUGUUCGCUAGUGAGUUUCUGGAUUCCAGACUUUGUGCUCAAGUGCUUUGGCAUGCCGAAAAAGGAACAGCGAAUCGCUUGGAGAGAAAAGAUUGGUCUGAUCAGCAUCAUUCUCUUGAUCGGCGCCUUUGUCGGAUACCUGACCUUCGGUUUUACCGCCACCGUGUGUCGCUCACCAGCAGUCCGUCUCAAGGUCAACGAAGUGGGCUCUGGCUAUAUGAUCUUCCAUGGUGAAAUUUUCGACUUGACGCAUUCUACUCACCCCGCUGCGGAGGGUGUUCCAGCAGGCACAAACGUUUUAUACGAUCUCUCCCACAAGUACGGUGGCCAGGAUUGUAGUUUCAUGUUCCAGGAGGUCAACGGCGCUUGCAAGGGCCUUAUCACAGCGAAGGAUGGCAGCGACAUUCCAACCAACUCUGAUGGGGAUAUGGGAUGGUACUUUCCCUGCCAGCCAUACAACCAGGACGGUUCUUCAGAUCCUAAUUACACCACCCCUUACUAUAACGGCUGGGCCUGUCAUACCAGUUCCGCCGCGCGGAAAUCCUUCUGGAAUCUAACCCCUUCUGGAGAUGUGUACUACACCUGGGAAGACACAAAGAACAAGAGUCGCAAUCUGGCCGUGUAUUCGGGAAGUGUCUUGGAUUUGGACCUCUUGCGCUGGUUCAACACGUCCCAAGUGUCGUACCCCGACAGGUUUGAUCAGUUGCGCGAGAACCCAGAUGUGCGUGGUGUCGACCUCACCUACUAUCUUCAAAACGAAAAGAAGAUCGGCCAAUGCUUGACGCAGAUUAUCAAGGUGGGCAGCAUCGAUACCGACGCUGUAGGAUGUAUCGCGUCCAAGGUUGUCCUCUACGUGUCUCUGAUUUUCAUUCUUUCCGUUGUCGUGGUCAAGUUCUGCUUUGCCCUGCUCUUUAAAUGGUUCCUGGCGAAACGGUUUGCCGCCACGUCGACCAGCAUGAGCUCAGAUUCCCACACCCGUAACCAGCAGAUCGAAGACUGGUCCAACGAUAUUUAUCGGCCGGCUCCUCGCAUUGCGGAUCCUACUGUCCCCGAUCGCAGGAGCAAGCGUGCCAGUUUCCUCCCGACUACGUCUCGCUUCUCGAGCCCGUACGUCGCUGCUAACAAUGCGAGCAGCAAGCUUGCUUCCCAAUAUGUCACCAUGGCCGGUCAAAACUCGACUACCCAUCUCAUGCCGACCUCUACGACGAGCGGUACAUUUUACAAGUCCAGCCAUAAUGGCAGUGGUUCCUUCAGCGCUGAGAAUUCUCGACCCGGUGUUGUCAGUCGAAGCAGUCUGGUUCCCCCUGGACAGCACGACCUGGCGUACUCCGAUUCGGACGGCCCCGGCUCUAACGAGUUUACCCAUGAAUCUGUCGUCCCGCAACCUCCACCUGAAUGGGAGCCUUUUGGAUAUCCUCUAGCUCAUACACUAUGCUUGGUCACCUGUUACUCUGAAGGCGAGGAAGGAAUUCGAACCACCUUGGACUCUAUUGUGACGACUGAUUACCCGAACAGCCACAAGACAAUUCUCGUUAUUUGUGACGGUAUUAUCAAAGGUAAAGGCGAAGAGUUUUCGACUCCCGACAUCGUCAUUGGCAUGAUGAAGGACCUGCUCAUUCCUGCGGAUGAGGUCCAGCCCUUUUCCUACGUGGCUGUCGCGUCUGGCUCCAAGCGACACAACAUGUCCAAGGUCUACACUGGAUUUUAUGACUAUGGCGAGACCUCUAUCAUCCCACUGGACAAGCAGCAGCGUGUCCCGAUGAUGGUUGUCGUCAAGUGUGGUACUCCUGCAGAGGCCGAACAGUCCAAGCCCGGAAAUCGAGGAAAGCGAGACAGUCAGAUCAUUCUCAUGUCCUUCUUGCAGAAGGUCAUGUUCGAUGAGCGGAUGACGGAAUUGGAGUUUGAGAUGUUCAACGGUCUUUGGAAUGUCACCGGUCUUCCUCCCGAUUUCUACGAGAUGGUGUUAAUGGUGGAUGCCGAUACGAAGGUCUUCCCCGACAGUCUGACACACAUGGUUUCGGCCAUGGUCAAGGAUCCAGAUAUCAUGGGUCUUUGUGGCGAGACUAAGAUUGCCAACAAGACUGACAGUUGGGUGACCAUGAUCCAAGUUUUCGAGUACUUCAUCUCUCAUCACCAGGCCAAGGCGUUCGAGUCUGUGUUUGGUGGUGUUACCUGUCUUCCAGGCUGUUUCUCCAUGUAUCGCAUCAAAGCUCCAAAGGGCGGCCAGAAUUAUUGGGUCCCCAUCCUAGCCAACCCAGAUAUCGUGGAGCACUAUUCUGAGAAUGUGGUUGAUACCCUGCACAAGAAGAACCUGCUUCUUCUCGGUGAGGAUCGAUACCUGACGACUCUGAUGUUGAAAACAUUCCCCAAGCGUAAGCAAGUCUUUGUGCCGCAGUCAGUCUGCAAGACCGUGGUCCCCGACGAAUUCAAGGUUCUCCUUUCUCAACGCCGCCGUUGGAUCAACAGUACGGUGCAUAACCUGUUCGAGCUUGUUCUGGUGCGCGACCUGUGCGGAACAUUCUGCUUCAGUAUGCAGUUCGUCAUUUUCAUCGAGCUGGUUGGUACACUCGUCCUUCCAGCCGCCAUCUCGUUUACCAUCUACGUCGUUGUUUCAUCAAUUGUCCGAAGACCAGUGCAGAUUCUGCCUCUGAUUCUGCUCGCUCUGAUCCUGGGUCUUCCAGGUGUUUUGAUUGUUGUGACUGCCCACCGGCCCGUCUAUGUCUUGUGGAUGCUCAUCUACAUCAUUUCUCUGCCGAUUUGGAACUUUGUUCUCCCCGUCUAUGCUUUCUGGAAGUUUGACGAUUUCAGCUGGGGUGAUACCCGUAAGACGGCUGGCGGGGAUGACAAGGGGCACGGAGAUGAGGAGGGAGAAUUUGAUAGUUCCCAGAUCACGAUGAGGAGAUGGCGUGAUUUCGAGAGAGAACGACGUUUACGAAACAGCGUUCCGAGUGGAUACUCGCAAGAUCCGUACAACGACUAUCGAGAGUAG